AUAGGUAUAAGCUGUUUUUUACAAUGAGAAGUAUGCCAUGUAUUUCCGGAGAUAAGAUUAAUCGGUUAAGCUGUUAUCGAAUAAUCAGGGAUAUUAAGUGUUGGAAAACGUGGUUUUAACAUAAUUUUGGCGAACAAAGUAUUGCAAAGCGACAACCGUCACGUGUGUCAUUUCUCGAAAUUCCCGAAAAUUUCAGAAUAAGCUCUGAGUUUUAUACAAAUCCUGAGACACGAUGAAGCGCCAUAUCCCCAAGGUCGUGGAUGACCAGUCGUCCAGUUCGCCCAGCCCGUCCCCCAUCGUGUCGCCAAUGUCCUCGCCGGAAUCUUCGCCAACCAGUCGAUUUCCCAUCCUCUACGUGGACGUGGUGAAAAAAAAUCAGCCCAACCUGGAGAUGCUGCCACCACCUCCACGACCCCAGGUCCCUGCGCCGGAAUUCAGCAUUUUCCGGGAGGAUUUUCCGGCUCUGCCGGGAACUGCGACCGUGCGCUCGGUUCCCGCAGUUCCCGACGACUGGACCGCCAUGUUGAGUGACGGUGAGCAAGUGGAACCGGGCAGGUUCCGCGACAUAGUCAUAGACAGCGAAGCGAACGUCAAUGUAGGCUGUAGCGAGGCCUUCCUCCCGAAAAACCAGAACCCGGAGCUGCAGCAGGACAUGGAGUUUCUGCCCCAAGUGUACGGCUACGCGGCCAAUCCACCCCGCUUCGAUGUGAGCCUGAUCUUUGGCAAGCAGUUCCUGCACGAAGGUGUCCGUCAGAGGGCCAUAAAUUCGGCCCACAAGGCUUCGGUCCCGCAUAGAAGUACCAGUGGGUUCCAUCCGCCUCCCGGUUUCGAGGAAUCGAAAAUCUUUGCCCGCCUAAAGACCACCAAUUCGGGCAUGCCGCUGGGAGGGGUCAACUUGGAGCUGGGAUCUUCGCUCUAUGACAGGGUUUGGCAAAUGAACUUCACACCCCCCGGCGCCGCCGUGGAAGGAUCCUUCGGGAUGCUGGGCCUGGCCAGGCGCCUAGGAUCGGCCCAGCGUAAUCCCCAACUGAUGACCCAUAUUUUCGGCAGUGAUGUUCCGCCCAACGUCGGACCCGGAGGCGCCACAAACGAUGCGCACUCCACCUUCGCUGGGCCCUUCGAAGGAGGCCGCCUGAACCCCCACGAAAUAAGCCACAAUGUGCCGUUGAACUAUCUCUUGGCUGGAAGGUUGAACCUGCAGCACCCUAAGACAGAGGAGAUGCAGGUGGAGCUGUUGUUCUUCUUCUUCUAUACCUUCACGGGCGACUUGAUGCAGAUGCUCGCGGCGGCGGAGCUGGCGGAACGCGGCUGGCGCUACCACAAGUUCGAGCGCCUGUGGAUCAAGCGGCAGGAGGACAAUCCCAACUACACGUUUAGGGGCUUCCAGGAGGCCGGCGAGUACAACUACUUCAACAUGUGCCAGUGGAAGAUCCUGCCGCGCCACUUCCAACUGGAGCCGGACCAGCUGGAGCGGACCCUGUCCAAGGAGGAGCUGUACGAGCUGCACGGAUACCAUCCCCAGAUGACGGGCCUGUAGACGGAUGUCUGUCCUCAUCCAUAUCCCAGUGAUUAUGUGGUCAUUCAAAUUCUACCGUCGCUGUUGAAUCUUUUUUUUAUGAAACCAAAGCUUUAAAAGCCCGUUUAAGCUAUAAGAAUUUUUUGUAAACCUAGAUUAGCGUUUUAUAAAAAUUCAAAGCUGUAAACGCGUAUUAGAACCAAUAAGAGUUUUUUGUG